CUCAAUGGUUGUUCAUUGCGCAGAGUCUUCUGAAGUUUGGUAAUUGAUUUUCAGAGGGGGUUUGGAGAUGUCAAGCGGGCCAGGACUCGAGUCGCUUGUUGAUCAAACAAUAUCAGUUAUAACGAAUGAUGGGCGUAAUAUUGUGGGAAUCCUGAAAGGUUUCGAUCAGGCUACAAAUAUCAUUCUUGAUGAAUCUCAUGAGCGGGUCUACUCCACAAAGGAAGGUGUCCAGCAACUUGUAUUAGGGUUGUACAUCAUCAGAGGGGAUAACAUAAGCAUCGUUGGAGAAUUAGAUGAGGAGCUUGAUUCGAAUUUGGACUUGUCGAAACUGAGAGCACAUCCCCUCAAGCCUGUAAUCCACUAACUGGUAAGAAUGUAGUGGAAUUCUAUAAUUUUCUCAACUGGAUCAAUGCAAAAUAUGCUAAAACAAGGGAUGUAACCUAAACCCAACACAAGUGGGCCUUGUUCCAACUAAAUGAGGAUGAAACAAUGUUAAGGAAUGCAAAAUUUUGAUGUUUACCAGCUACCUAUAUUGACAGAACGGUUCCUCCCAAUUUCAUUAGAUGCUC